AUGCUUGACAAGCUCGGGGGAGCCUUCGCCCCGAAGCCGUCCCCCGGGCCGCACAAGGAGCGCGAGUGCCUGCCGCUGGCGGUGAUUCUGCGCAACCGGCUCAAGUACGCGCUGACGUAUCGCGAGGUGAACGCCAUCGUCAUGCAGCGCCUCAUCGCCGUCGACGGCAAGAUCCGCACCGACAAAACCUUCCCCGCCGGCUUCAUGGACGUGGUGUCGAUCGCGAAGACGGACGAGAACUUCCGUCUGCUGUACGACAGCAAGGGCCGCUUCACUCUGCACCGCGUCACGCCCGAGGAGGCUAAGUACAAGCUGUGCCGCGUGCGCGCGCAGCGCGUGGGCGACCGCGGCAUUCCGUACAUCGUGACGAACGACGGGCGCACGAUCCGGUACCCCGACCCGGUGAUCAAGGUGAACGACACGGUGAAGCUGGACCUGGAGAGCGGCAAGGUCGUCGAGCACAUCCACUUCGACACCGGCAACCUCUGCAUGGUCACCGGUGGGCGCAACAGGGGGCGAGUGGGGGUGAUGGAGCACAGGGAGCGGCACAAGGGCAGCUUUGACAUCUGCCACAUCAAGGACGCGGCGGGCCACCAGUUCGCCACGCGCCUCACCAACGUGUUCCUCAUCGGCCAAGGCGCCAAGCCCUGGGUCUCGCUGCCCAAGGGCCGCGGCAUCAAGCUCUCCAUUGUCGAGGAAAUGCGCAAGGCGCGCGCCGCUGCCAAGACCGCCGCUUGA